ACAUUAGACUGAAGCAAACCGCCCGAUCGUCCGCCCAACGUUCUCAAAAUGGCGAACGCUCCUUUCAAGAUCGGGGAUAAGGAAUUUUCUGGGGUGGUUAUCACCUUAGAAAAUUGCCUUCUCCCGUCUGAAAAGCUUGAUGCGACACCUUCUGUAAACGACGGGCUCGAGCAUGAGACCGAAGGGGACUUACGGAUCCUUGGGUGCGAGUAUAUCCAGACAGCAGGCGUCCUCCUCCGUUUGCCACAGACAGCUAUGGCGACUGGACAGGUCCUGUUUCAGCGAUUUUUCUACUCCAAGUCAUUGGUCAAGCACAAUAUGGAGAUCGUAGCAAUGGCUUGUGUGUAUUUAGCCUCGAAGAUCGAGGAAGCGCCGCGGCGAAUUCGGGACACAAUCAACGUGUUCCACCACAUCCGCCAGCGCAGAAACAACAGGCCUGCACAGCCGCUCGUGUUGGACCAGAACUACAUCAACACCAAGAACCAGGUCAUUAAGGCUGAGCGGAGGGUGCUGAAGGAACUGGGCUUCUGUGUGCACGUCAAGCAUCCACACAAGCUGAUUGUCAUGUACCUGCAAGUGUUGGACUGUGAGAAGAACAGGAAGCUGGUGCAGACAGCUUGGAACUUCAUGAAUGAUAGCCUGCGAACAGACGUGUUUGUGCGCUUCAGCCCGGAGACGAUAGCGUGUGCGUGUAUCUUCCUGGCAGCGCGCCAGCUGAAGGUGCCCCUGCCCAACAGAGCUCACUGUCCCUGCCACUGGUACGAGCUGUUCGGAGCAUCGGAAGAUGAAGUGGAGGAGAUCAGCCUCACUAUACUCAAGAUAUAUGCCAGGGACAAGAAGAAUUAUGAAGACCUAGACAAGGAGGUAGAGAAGAGGAGGAAGGUGCUGCAGGAGGCCAAGCUUCGUGCCCGCGGUCUACUGGAUGAGCAGGGACGUCCUGUGGACAGCACCACAGGAAACUCUUCGCCCUCCUCGCGUCCAACUUCACCUAAAACCCUCAGUGCCAAACCCUCCCCUGUCCGAGAUGCCAGCUCUGACAAGAAGGUGAAAAGAGAGGAUGGUGCCAGUUCAGGAAGUGCUCACAGCCACAAAGAGAAUCGGGGAGGUCGGGACAGAAGCCGAUCUCGCAGCAGCAGAAGUCGAUCUCGGUCUCCGCGUCGGAAGGGUCGUAGUCAGUCUGGAUCCUCCCGGAGUAGCAGCCGCAGCAGGAGUGACAGUGGGAGCCGCAGUCGCAGCCGCUCACCAACCCGCAACGGCCACCACGCCAGGCUGUCUCCUCCCCGAGAUCGCAACAGGGAGCGACGGUCCCACGAGAGGCACAAACGAGCACUCAGCGGGAAGCGGUCGCACGCCCACAAACGUCGCCGAACAAGAUCUCCCAUCUCCCGCAGUAGAAGCCGUAGUAGAAGUAGGUCUCACAGUAGGUCUCCAGAUAGGUACAGUAGGAAACACUACCACAAGGAGAGACCAAGGCAUCCUUCCAGGUCCCGUUCUAGGGAGAGGCACAAAGCUGCCAAACACAGCAGCCACUCACGGGAUAGGCACGGUCGACGUAGGUAACUGGUAAUGGGUCCUGGAAGGGCUUGUCCCCAACAUCAUGCUUCAUAUUGGUUCAAGAACUUACCUCAUCAAUUAAAGAGAACUUUGUGAUUUGAUUUGAACUUUGUUUGAUACUGUCAGGACUAGAAUUAUGUUGAGAAGAAGUCAAUUCGAGUGUCCAAACUGAAAUUGGUUAGGUUGAUAGUAUGUUAAGAUUUCUGUGAACUGAUAAUUGUUGAAAUUGCAUAAUUAAAAAAAUGUUAUUUUUUGUAGCAAAAUGUAUGUACUAUAAACAUGAUUUGUCAGUAAGUUCUGGUUGGAUACUGUGUUAAACGUUUGUGAAGGAAAUGCAGCAAGCAGGUAGGGUAAGAAUGAGGGGCAUGCAAGGUAAAAUACUUGGGAGUCACAAGGUUCUGCCAACAGUGCUAUGAAGAUUGUCCUUUUGCGUUGUACUGAAGUUUAUGUAAAAGGAAAAGAACUAAGGGAUUGACACACAUGUUCAAAACGUUUCAUUUUCGGUACACCCAUUGUCGAAAGGUUCAUACCAGGAUACUCUGUUUUAUAUCACCUCUGGGCCCAUUUAUAGGCAGAAUAAUGGAGGAGGAAGUCAAAUAAGUUCACUUUGUACUUUUUUAAACACAGUUGUAGAAAUGUUAAAAGCCAACAGUGCAAUAGUUGAAACAUUUCGCCUCAAUUUUGACUACAGUGUACAUGCAGUUUCCAUUCCAUAUCAGAUAUUUUGCAAUCUUGAGUCUGUAUGUCAGAUUAAAGUACGCAUUAGAAUUUGGGUAACAAACACAGAAACAGUCACCCAUGUGUGCAAUUACCUUACACAGUUACACUCAAGUCUUCACUGUCACAAUAUUUGUCAAAUUAUGAUGUCAUACAAAAGAAAACAGUUUCAAUACCCACAAACUAAGUACUGUAAUCGUGAUUACACUGGUUUUUGUGCAUAACUUUACUGCUCAGUAUUUGAGUGGAUUGCAAUAUGUAACAUGUAGCUUUUACACUGAUCACUAUCUGGUGCCCAAAAGCACACAGGAUUAUGGUGUACUGUAACAUACUCUGGGUGAUUUCUUGUCAAGAACAAGAAGUUUCCCUGGCCUUCUUUUGUGUACUAUUUAAAAGAAAUGUCAUUGUGAUGUAUCAUGUAUGCCAUGUAAGUAAGUGAUGGAAUUCGUUUGCAUCAUAUGCACAUGUAUUACCAGUUAUAUAGUAGUGUUUAUACUUUGAGAUUUAAAGGAUCAAUAAAUGUCUAAAACUUUUCUAUCAAA